AUGUCACAUUCUUAUGCAUGUGCUCCAUCGAGGUUAUCCUUGUCUCCAGCUGUUAGGAGGAUUGCCAAUGUGAAUCAUCCCCGAUCUCCAGAUCAGAGGGUAGGGAAAGGAAGUGAGGGUUCCGAUUGUGACUCCGAACCGGGCAUCACUCUCAAGAGGAAGCAACGACGUAGCAGAACAACCUUCACAGCCCAGCAGCUGGACGAGCUAGAAAGGGCCUUCGAGAGGACGCAGUACCCCGAUAUUUACACCAGGGAAGAGUUGGCACAGAGGACCAAGCUCACCGAAGCUAGGAUACAGGUGUGGUUCAGCAACAGAAGAGCAAGACUGAGAAAACAACUUGCAAGCAACACUGGAUCUGGCUAUGCAGGGAUGGGUCUUCCUAUGAGUUACCCACCUGCAUCUUCAGCACCUCCAACUUACAUGCUACAACCAGAACCUCCAACUUUUGGUCAUACCCCCCAAUUGUCCGAAGCAAGCAGCGGCUACAGCAGCGGUGGUCAUGUAAUGAGUUCAUUAGAUGCUGGAGCUGGCUCUGACCGAGGUAGUAGUCCCGGAACUGGUUAUCCAUAUCCGCCAUCAACAUCAACAACACUUCUGACUACUCAAAUGCAGACAUUAGGCGGAAGUGGCCAACAUAUAGGAAAUGUUUCUCCUGGACUUUUAACAACAACAAACAACGUUUAUCCCAUUCCUAUCAGCCCUGGAUCUAUGCUGUCACCAGUUCCUACCAGCUUAGCUAUCAUGGGAACUAACUCUGGAGGAACCGGCGGAGACAGCUUGGUCGCCAGCUCUCCGGACAUGGUUCCUUUGAACAGCCCAGGAGGACAGAGCAGCUGGUCGACCCUACCUCCACAUCACAGCAGCGCUGGGCCCCUACUCAGCCCUACGAGUGCUUCUGGUUACAGUUCUUCAUUUUCUCAACCAAGACCACAACCAUUUUAUACCUGGUACUGAUAAAGAUUGGUUUAUACCCAAACCAGAAAAUUGUAAAUUUUUCAUGUUUAAAUGCCUUUUAAUAGGGCAAUACAGGUGAUGGAGUCAUUGCAAUAUUGCAAUAAACCUCUUUUUUACAAGAAAUAAGAUGCAAUUAAUUUUAAGUAUUACAAUUGAUUCAUAAUUUUAGGGUUUCUAUGUUCAAAUUUAUCCUAUAUUUAAUGUCCCAGUGAAUCUUGUUAAUAUAUAGAAAAAUUAAUCAUUAAUGAACUUAAGCAACUUUAAUAUUUUAUUAUAUGAGUUUAAAUUUUCUUUGUUUAAUUUUUUUUUUCUAUUAAUAAAUAAAAUUAAUCGACUUUGCCAAGUUUGAUAAAUUAAGAUUUAAGCUGAAAGAAGUUCCUAGUAGCUUUGGGUUAUGUUGGUAUUUAAUUUAAUUACAAAGUUAAUGUAAAUAUAUAUUUAGCUAGUAAUCUAUCCAAAUAAUUAAUUUUAAAAAUAUAUUUAUUUUACAAUAAUGCUUAGCUUAAUUUUAUUUUUGUAUAUAAGCCUCCAACGUCUUUACUAUUUUUGAGCACAUUGAUUAAUAUGUUUUUUUUUUUUAAUUAAAGUUUAAAUGAUCAUAAGGAAAUGAGAAUAUGUAUGAUAUUGUAAGUAAAGUUAAUAAUUUGUAUAGGAAAUCUAAUGUACCUAUUAGAAAAAUGAAAAUAUACCAGUGAAUUUUGUAAUAUAGUGUAUAGGAUAUAACUUUAUUUUAUUUGUUACCACCACUACCAGUGAACAUUCAAUAGACUUAUGUAUACUAUAGAAUCAUUUUAUUUAAAUAAUUAAAAUAAUUGCUAAGAUAUUUAUUUUUUUUUUAAUAAGUACUUCCAGGUGAGCAUGUACCUGUGUUUUUUCUAGCAGUUCCUAGCUUGUAUUUACUUAUUAAUUAACUUUAUUGUCCAAAUGGUAUUCUGAAACCAACAUAUUUAAAAAUUAAAAAAAAACAUAAAAAAUAUCAAAAAUCUAAUCAGUUGUUUAAUUUUAUUUUAAUAAUUAAUAGUUCACUCAAUGCACAGGCGGAUCUAUGGGGGUGGGGGAGGGCUUUCGGGCUGAAGCUCCCUCCCAAAAUGGUAAAAUAUAAUCAUGUUUUACAGAAAAAAAUAUUAAAAACUAUCUCUUAAAGUAUUAUUGUUCGUUUAAUUACAUUUCAUAGGACUUCAAGAACCACUUAAACACCAUUUCAUAUAGGUAGUUAAUUUCUUUCUUUUUUUUUCAAAUUAAUUAUCGUUAUAUGUAUAUGAAAAAAAAAUCUUUCAGGCCGAAGCCUCCCCCAAAAUUAAAUCCUGGAUGCGCUGGUGACUCAAUGUAGUGAAAAAAAAAAAAAAAGAAAAAAAAAGGACAUUUUAAAAGUACUUACUACUUGUAAUUUUAAGUAUAUGAUUGUAGAUAUUGUUAUAAUAUAAUUGAAUGUAUAAAAUUUUAUGUUUUAAUAAUAAUAAACUUAAAUAUAAAUAAUUAGAAUUGUCUUAUUUAUUAUUUAUUUUAAUGAAACAGAAU